UACUCUUAGGCCUACUUGCUGGAUACUGCUGGGACACUUCUUUCUUUAUCAGGCUUGAAAUUUCUUUAUUUCUAGCAAAAUGACAGCCUUACAAGGCAAUACAUUUCCUUGGUCUUCAAUGCCAAUUCCUCCAGGAUGGGAAGCAAAAUAUGAACCAAAUGUUGGGAGAUAUUUCUACAUCAACCAUGCGACUAAGAAGACCCAGUGGGUGGACCCACGCAAGGCUGCAUAUCAGGCUCAGCAGGCACAGCAGAGAACUCCUACCCAGCCUACGGCUUACAUUCCAUUGCAGCCCAUUACCAAGCCUAAGUGCAGAACAUGCAGGACAAAUGAGGUGGAUGUGGAAGGAGGGAUGUGCAACCCUUGUAAAGUGACUGAGCAGCAGAGAGAGAUCUCACUCAUGCGAGCUAGAGAGAGUAUGGAGGCAGAAAAGCAACGUCAAGAGCAGAAAGUCAAGCUAGAGAAGGAGAGGGAGAGACGGCGGGUUCAGUCAGCCCAACGCAGGCAGGAAGCUAAACAGACCCCUCCAGUAUUAGAGACAACUUUCAAUGAACCUCCAAUUGACAAGGAAGCUGCAAAGCGGGAGAUGAGACACUUGUUUGCCAACACCCAAUCCUCUGUAGUAGACAUGAUCUUAGAGACUUACGAUUUCAACAAAGAAGAAGCUAAAAUAGCCCUCAGACAGAUGGGACAAAGGAUCGUCAACCAACCCUUGGCUAAAAAACCCUCUCCAAAAUCUUCUCCCAAGAAAGCUGCUCCUAAAGCUGCUCCUAAAGCUGCUCCUAUGACAAGAGCACAGAAACAACAAGUUAUGGCAAAUUUGAAGAAGAAAUUCCCUCAUGUCAAUGAUAUGAUGAUCGAAAUGGCUGUUGAGAGCACCAACUACAGUCUAGAGAAGUCGUCAGCCAUACUGCGUAUGCUGAAGACCGAUUCGUCUGGCCCAAGUAAGGGCGGUGCAUCAGAGAGCGAAGGAGGAGUGAUAUUAACAGGCCAGGUGGAAGUGACCUUCCCAGAGACAUCAACCACUAAUAGUGUCACUAUGGAACAAGCUGCUCACUCAAGUAAAGAAGUAACUUUCCCUGAAUCUAAGCCCUCUUCAAGCACAACCCCAACUACUGUUACAUCAAGUGGCGCAUCAGGUGUAUCUACAUCUGAUUCUCAGAAGCGUCCUACGACUAGUGCAGUGAUCAGCUCACCUUCUAAGAAACCUGCUGCAGCUGCUAGCAGCUCAUCCUCCUCCUCCUUCUCACCAUCCUCGAGGAAACCAAUGGCCUUAGCCUCAGGCUCCAAAUUUGCAAUGCCCUCAAAGAAGACAGCUACUGGUCCCAAGAAACAAGCUCACCAUACACCAAUUGGAUCAAAAUACGGUGAACAUGGCCCUGCAUCAUAUAACUCCAGUAUCACAGGGGCUAAAGGACCAGACCCAACCCUGAUCAGUGGACCAGACAGAAGUAAUCUCCUGCAAGAUUACACGCAGAACAUGGGACCAAAUCCUGACAACCUGUCUGGGUCAAAUAAAGAGAAUAUCAUGGGACCUGUGGCGAGGACUGGAAGUGAUACCACCCUGGUAAUGGGACCAGAGAGUACUAACUGUAUGGGACCAGAACCCAAUCUUGCCAAGGGCUCCAUGUAUAAUUGACUCGGCAAUCCAGAGACUACAGGUCUUUGAGUCUACUGAAGGACUGCUCUAGGUUUGCCUAGUUCAAUGUGAUGUAGUCUUGAUUCGUGCUGUUAUUGGCACAGAUUCUCUGUCAAAAAAUUUGAUAUAAUAAUUUCCUCAUCAACACAGUAAUGUUAUAACACAUACUCAAGCUCUUAAUUGCUGUGAAACCAAAUGUUGAUACACCUGUAACUUUUGAGCAAUGUUUGUGGAAAGAAUGUAUGUACAUUGAUGAUGAUGCAACAAAAGUUGAUAGAAUGGGGUGAAAUAGAUACAUUUUGCAUAGAUAUGCUGGACUGUGUACCUUGCUUGUACAACUUAUAAUCUUCAAGUUAAACAAUUACUUAUGUGUGCCAUAUUGUCAGAAAGUAGUGUAUACAUGUAGCCUAUAUGUGAAGUUGGCAGUGAGACUUGUUUGGAAUUUUGUGGAAUCUAAAUCAUUAAUUAUAAAUACACACUUUGUAUCUGUCCUCUCCUUUUACAAGAAGGGUAAGGUAAGGAAAAACGUCAUUGUCAAAAUGAUUUUACCAUUUUUAAUGUCAUCUAUAUAGAUCUUAUUUGAAAAUAUUUUUCUUCUUUGAAACAAAAGAGGAUUAGGUUAGAGAUUUAUUAUGGCUAUAGUGUGCUUCUGUGAGCAUAUCAAUUCAUGGCCUAUAUCAUACAAACAGUGAAGAAGAUGUAUUAACUCAUUGCUUUCCUAGAGUCAAAAUUGGGGAUGAAGUUCAUAGCGCUUUCUACUGCUACUCCAGUGCUUGCAUUCUAAACAAAUCUUCAUGACAUUAGCAGCGGUUUAGAAUGAGAUUCAGUCAGUCCUAGUCAGUGUCUCAUAAAACCACCAUGGCAAAGUCACAUUGAAAUGCAUGUGAAUUUUAUACCAAGCAUAUACAUUGGGAUGUCAGUGAACUUCAUGUUAUGACAGACUUGUGAAGAAAGCCCUCCAUCCCAAUGCUCAUGUACCGGUAUUUGAGAAUCGUUUUCUCUAACCUUUCUGCAGGUGCUAUUGUUGGACUCAAAUCUGAAAUUGAGUGCUGUUUCAGUCAUGAAUCAGGAUUGUUGUUGUUUUUGUACAAACUGUUUUAUAUAUUUCAGUCUAUUUUUUAAUUGAUUAGAGUAGGUUACUAAAAUGGAUAUCCACACUUUUCAAGUUUUGUGCAAUUGGGAUGUUGAUUGUGAAAUUUUUAAAGCAAGUUUUAGUUUUACAUAUCAUCAUUAGUGGUUAGUGAGUAGUAGCUUUAUGCUGAAAAAACAAAUUGAUUCUUUCAAAUUUGCAAGUGGUAUAUGCAAGUCUUAAAUUAAUUUUCUUUUGACAAAUCGCCCCUCGGCCCGUUUAUUUUUAGCCUUGGUUUUAUGACGUGUGAUAUUUUCUACAUUUCUACAUUUGUAGGUUUAAAUGAUGGGCCUACUCGUAUUAGUUAUAUGAUACGUUAUAUUGAUAUGCUACGUACUUUAAGGUAUUUUAUUCAAUUGGGCAGUGAUUAAAUUCUGCCUCUCCUUGAAGCCCAAGAAAAAAAAUAUAUAUACAGGUUUAAUGUAUUUAUUUUAUUUUGUAAAUGAUGUGUGGUAUAGUGUGAAUGUCUCUAUAUAAAGUGUUAUAAAUAUAAAUAUCAUAAACAUUGA